CUACAAAACCUAAACCACCACACUCAUUUCUAUCUUCCAUUUUCAAGAUCUAUUACUAAUCAUUAGCAAAAUCAAGAAAACAAGUCAAUUUCCUAGCUCAUUAGCCUCCCCUCAUCACGAAACCGGCGAGCUUCACGUUUUCCGGCCAAACUGUCCGUUUUCCGGCAAGAACUCCGGCCGCCGGCGAGCCUUAGGCCAGCCCAGCUCAACCCCGUCGCGCACAGGCCCGGUCGCAGCUCCCAGGCCCGUCCAGCUCGCCUCUGCUCGCGCCCAGGCCCGUCCAGCCUCUGUCCGCGCCGCUCCAGGCCCAGCCGCGCGUCCCAGCAGCAGAUCCACGGCCCGAACAGCCCCAACAGCCCGCAAGCCUCAUUUUCAGCAAGUCUUUCUCGUUUCGAUUUUUAUUUUUAGUCCAUAUCUAAGCGUACCUGUCUGAGUACAGAUGGCAAAGUCAUUGCAAUUGUUGGCGAUAAUCCUGAUGAGAUACAAUUGCACAUGUCCCGCUUUCUUGAUAGUCUAUAUCAUGCCUGGAAGAGUCUAGAUCUAUUUGUGGAUAUUGGAAGGCUUAACAUGCGUGCCAGAUAUUAUAAGGAAAUAGCUGAGUUGUAUGAGCAAGAACAAAACUUGGAACAAGCUAUUGUUUACUAUGAUAAAGCUGCUGAUCUUUUCCAAAGUGAAGACAUGACGACUUCUGCGUAUCAGUGCAAGCAGAAAGUUGCGCAGUAUGCAGCUCAGUUGGAACAGGAAAAGUCAAAGCACCUUCUCAAUGCUGGAAUUUGCCAGCUGUGCAAGAAUGAUAUCGUUGCUAUCAACAAUGCAUUAGGCCAAUAUCAGGACCUCGAUCCAACAUUUUCCGGAACACUCAAGGAUUUUGAUAGCAUGACCCAGCCGGAUGCUUGGAAGACAACAUUACUAUUGAGAGUGAAGGAAGCCUUGAAGGCCAAAGAGCUUCAGGAAGAUGAUCUUACUUAA